AUGAUCAACUUUCAUCCAGGCCAGACGUGGUCUUCUAACCCGAGCCAGGCGUACGCCAACAUGGGCACGCCUUCGUUCAGCUCGGCAGCUGCCUCGUCCUCCUCCGACCCGACAACGCACACCUCGCAGCCGAUCGUCACUGGCACGUCUGUGCUUGGUCUCAAGUACAAGGACGGUAUCAUGCUGGCUACCGACACGCUUGCGUCGUACGGUUCGCUCGCCCGCUUCAUGGACAUUACUCGAAUCUCGCAGUUCGGACAAAACACUUUGAUCGGCGCAAGCGGCGACAUGAGCGACUGGCAGUACGUCCAACACAUGCUCAACAAGCUCAUUACCUCGGAAGACGUGGCGGCCGACGGACACCACCUGACACCCACGCAGAUCUACGCAUACCUCGCCCGAGUCAUGUACAAGCGAAGGAGCGACAUCAACCCGCUAUGGAACUCGUUUGUGCUCGGCGGUGUCGACCCGAAGGACGGAACUCCGUUCCUCGGCUACGUCGAUUUGCUCGGAACUACUUUCACCAGCAGCACCAUCGCUACCGGGUUCGGCAUGCACCUUGCGCAGCCUCUGCUGAGGAAGAUGGUCGAGGGCCGCGAAGACACGCUUACGGAAGCGGAGGCCAAGGAGAUCCUCGAGAACUGUAUGAAGGUGCUGUUCUACCGUGAUGCAAGGUCGUUGAACAGGUUCCGUGUCGCCAAGGUCUCCAAGGAUGGAUGCGAGAUCUCGGAGCCAUACAGCGUUCCCACCUCUUGGGGCUUUGCAGAGAUGCUGCGCGGUUACGGUCCUCAAACGCAGUAA